UACAUUAAAAUUUCUGCACAUCAUGUCUAGAAUGAGAUGUUAGCGAUCGAGCUAGCGGCUGUUUUGGCUGCUCUUUUCAUCUGUUGCUCCGGCGCGUCGGUGAACUAUUGUGAGGCUGCGAUGUGUGGGAUGUCGAAUGCUCACACGUUUUGUCAGUAUACCGAGGGUCCAGGGCCCAAAUGUACCGGUUAUAUAGAUGACCGUCUCUCGGGCGAGGAGAAGACGCGUUUGAUUGGUCGUAUGAACCGUCGGCGUAAUGAGGCAGCUCUUGGCAAAUUACAACUGCCUGCAGCUAGCAAUAUGCUUAAACUGCGUUGGGUCGAAGAGUUAGCUCGAGAAGCGCAGGUAUGGGCAGAUCAAUGCGCCCCGCCUAACAAUCCCGAGGGACAUGACGCGUGCAGGGAUCUGUAUUCAAUAACAGUAGGACAGUGCGUGGCAUCAGUGGUGGGCGAAGCGCCCGGCCUCCGGCCCGAGUCCAUGGUUGACAUGUGGUACUUGCAAGGCCGGCAGAAUACCAUCCCCACGGAUGACAAGAACUAUCCAAUGGACUUUGCGCAAAUGUUAUGGGCGCACACGUACUUAGUUGGCUGCGCUCGAAGCCGAUUUAUGAUAGAGCAAAAUGGCCGCCUCCGUACAGUAACUCGGCUGGUGUGCAACUUCGCACCGCGCGGACCGGAGGGCCCGUUGUGGGUCCCAGGAGCGCCUGCAUCCGCCUGCCCGGCUAGUUCGGGGCCUGACCCGGUGUUUUCUGGACUUUGUACCUUUCAUCACGACGCGACCUUUACGUAUGAUGCCAGUAAUACAACAGUAUUAAAGGAACAGUUAGUUUUGGAUACAAUCCUGGAAAUAGAGAGAAAUGAAUCUUUGAACUAUCAUGGUAGCUUGGACCAAAUAUAUUUGACAAAAAUGGUGGCAGCAAGUAUAAAUAAUCCAACUGAGCAGCAAUAUCAACUUGAUUUCACAAAGAAAAAUGAUAGAGUUGAAGCCGAAGUUCCAGAUUACAAGGAAGUCAUUAUAAAUGUUACUGACGAUAGUACGAUAACUGAUUACAGCCACGAUAAUGUAACAACAGAAAUAGUAAACGAAUCAUCUACAGGACUAGUAACCAAAAACAUAUUUAGUACAGUUGGAAGACCGAAAUCAUAUAACAUAGAGGAGCUCAAUGUGGUAAACAAGGAUAAUGAAAAUGGAACAGCAAAUUCAGUGCCUGUCAAAGAAGAUAAUAUUUACAAUGAUUAUGAUCAUGACGACAUUGUAGAGAGAAAUGAACGGGAUUAUAUUGCGACUGUGAGAGAAAGCAGUGUAACAGCUGCAACGCCUCCAGAUGUAAUCGGUCCGUAUGUUUUUCUUAUGACAAUGUAA